AUGACUUUCACCGUUGGAAUCGCCGGUAUCACCGGAAAGUUCGCCAAACGACUUGUAUCUCAUCUGCUCAAACGCCAGGAUAUCGCCAUUCGCGGAUACUGCCGUGAUCCCAGCAAGGUCCCGGAGGAGAUCUCCUCUAGCUCGCAAGUCACUCUCAUCAAGGGCGAUGCCUUCGACAACGACUCCAUUCGCACAUUCGCCAGUUCCUGCGACGUCAUAGUAUGCUGCUAUCUUGGCGACGACAAGCUCAUGGUCGAUGGCCAGAAAGCCCUGAUUGACGCCUGUGACGAGUGCCAUGUUCCCCGUUACAUUGCCAGUGACUGGGCUCUAGACUACACCAAGCUCAAGCUUGGUGAACUGUUCCCCAAGGACCCUAUGAUCCAUGUCAAGGCCUAUCUUGAGGAUAAGAAGGUCCAAGGCGUACACAUCCUCAUCGGUGGAUUUAUGGAGCCCAUCUUCAGUCCAUUCUUCAACAUCUUUGAUCCGCAGACCAACACUUUCCGCUAUUGGGGCAACGGUGACGAGAUCAUGGAGGGUACCACCUAUGACAAUGCUGCCGAGUUUACCGCUGCCAUCGCAGUAGACUCAACUGCAACCGGAAUCAAGAAAUUCCUCGGUGGUCGCGCGACGAUCCGCGAAAUUGCUCAGUCGUUCGAAAAAGUCUACGGUAUCAAGCCUAGCCUUGAAAGCCGUGGAAGUCUUGAUGACUUGUACAAGCUUAUGCAUCAGAUGCGCGAUGAGAGCCCUUCGAACAUUUAUGGCUACAUGUCUAUGUUCUUCUAUUACUACUGGAUCAACGGCCAGACCUUGGUCGGCACCGACCUAGACAAUGAGAAGUACACUGCGGUGAAGCCGGCUAGCUGGGAGGAUUUCAUGGCCCAGUGUCCACUUCAAGCGCUGCCUACAGCUUUCUUUGCCCUUAGUGGGUAG